UUUCUUUUCCUUCGCUGCUCUGCUACCUGGCCGCUUCUUUAUCUCUCCCCACUCUUUUGUCAACAAAGCUAUCGAGAAAACAUGGAAGUCGUCUUCAAUGCAUAUCAGUCGUACGUUCUACCACUUUUAUCACAGAGCACACAAGAGCAAGUGGUGAUCUUUGGCAAAAAGCACAAGACAUCUAUUUCCGUUGCAGUCGCGGUGUAUGGUCUUUACUUGUUAUACGAGAAAAUCACAAAACCGCCAAAAAAUAUCCGUCAUCUGCCCCAAGUUCCCUUCUGGGGCUAUUCAGGUGCACUUAUUCGGGGCGAACCGCUUUAUUCCAUCGCUAAGAAGUUCACUAUCCCAGCAGCAACAAAUCCGUACGGCAUGUAUGUGCGGUUUGAUAACAGCGGCUGGUGCGUACGCGUCAAUCAACCGGAGCUCGUGAAAGAAGUUUUUAUGAACACAAAACUAUUCCCAAAGGACGAUCUUGUAAGCGAGCUCGAUGGUACAGUAUUUGGAAGAUUCGUGGUUGGAGCUCCGAAUUUGAUCUUUGCAGGAAGUCAUCAACACUGGUUGAAUCAAAGAAAAGUCGCAAAUCCAGCAUUCAAACGAGCUGCGCCAGUCGAGACGUUCGGUCGCCUGGCCCAAGAUCUAUUUUCUGUCAUGGAUCAAGUUGCGGAUAAGCCGAUCGACUGUCAUGAUCUUAUGGAACGCUUUACACUGGACGCGAUCGGAAAAGCAGGCUUCGAUUUUGAUUUUAAAGCAGUUCUCGACCGUGAUAAUGAUUGGGUGCAAAGAUACAACAACAUUGUUCAUGCAAUGUUCCAACCUCUUCACUUGCUUAUUCCAGCGUUGGAUCGCAACUUUUUGUUUUUAAUGCCUGAGCGUAAGCGCGCGCACAAAGAACUCACGAAACUGUUGGACAUGUUACGAGGAUUGGUCAUCCAAAGACGGCAAAACUUGCAGGAGAAAAAGGCAUCCGAUACUGUUGAAAACGAGAAGGAUGUACUGACAUUGAUGAUCGAGGCUGAAAAUGAAGGAAAUGGAGCCAUGUCGGAUGAAGAGCUUAUGAGCAAUUUAUGCAUUUUCUUUAUUGCCGGACACGAAACGAGCGCGAACAGUUUAAGCACUGCUGCAUACUACAUGGCUACUCACCCUGAAGUUCAAGAAAAAGCAAGAGAGGAGGCGAACAGAAUACUUGGUAAUGAGCGUAAAGAUAUAUUGCCAACACUUGAUCAAUGUCGCAAAAUGGAAUACAUCAACUAUAUUAUAGAAGAGACACUUCGCAUGGCACCACCCGUGGUGACAGUUGUUGCUCGAAAAGUAACCCAGGAUACUCAGCUUGGUAAUGCUUUUAUUCCCAAAGGCACGCGUCUCGCUGUCGAUUUGUACGAAAUGCAAAACAAUCCCGCUAUAUGGGACGAACCCGACGUAUUCCGCCCUGAACGAUUUGCGCCUGGAAACGAAGCAGAUAACCAGCCAAAAUCAGGUUUUGCGUAUGUGCCUUUCAUUAGUGGCCCAAGACAAUGCAUUGGCAUGAAUUUUGCUCUGGAUGAACAACGUGUACUGUUGGCUAUGAUGGUUCGUAAAUAUGAGUGGUCAUUGCCAAAGGAUUCUAUUCACAAGGAGCGACUCCAGGCAUCAGGAUUGAUUGUCAAUUCCCCCAAGGAUUUCUAUCUCAAUUUCAAGAAGCUCUAUUAGUUUCUAAAUCGAAUCUCUAUUUUCUAAUUUAUUUAUAAGCUAGUGUUAUUCCCCAAACCAUGAUAUCAUCCGCUAAUCAUAUAUACAUCUCCUCGCAACGGAGGUCAAUAAAAUAAAAUUUCGUUUUUCA